CUCCCAAACGACGCUUCUUUCGUUUAUCCUUUCCCAGAUUCUUGCGUCUUGAGUCUUCCCUCAUCAAAUCAGCUUCAUCACUUCAAGAAAAUAAUCCAAAGCGCAAACCUUUUCUGGGUAUAGCUUCGAUCUCUACAGGAAAAAAAGAUCGAAACUUUAAUGGCGUGUUUCUCAGCCGGGACCACCCAUGUCUCCCCUUCCCGCCCCUUCCCGCGGCGCGAAUUGCUUCCGCCGUCACCCAUUUCGCUCCUCCGCGCAUACCCUUCACUGCCCUCUUCCAAGCCUCUGUUCGGCUCGCCCCUGUGCGGCUCCAGGAGCUCGAGGCUGCUCCGGAGUGGCAUUCUUGCUCGAGCCGAAGAGAAAGCCAAAGGGUCGUCGCCGCCGUCGCCGCCGCCGUCGUCUUCGGUUCAGCAACGGCAAGCUCAACCCAAUUCGGAGGAGCGGGUCAAGGACCUUACAUCAUCUGGGUCAUGUGAUCCCCUAUGUUCAGUUGAUGAAGUAAGCUCACAGGAAUUUGAAGUUUCAUAUCAACCGAAGACUGAUUUGGUAAAAGCUCUAGCAAUUUUUGCUGCAGCUGCCACAGGAGCUGUAGCCAUUAACCACUCAUGGGUUGCUGCCAAUCAGGAUCUUGCUAUGGCAAUUUUAUUUGUAUUAGGAUACGCAGGCAUAAUCUUCGAAGAAUCUUUAGCCUUCAAUAAAAGUGGAGUGGGAUUAUUGAUGGCUGUGAGCUUAUGGGUAGUGCGAAGUAUUGGGGCUCCAUCAACUGAUGUAGCUGUCUCAGAGCUGAGACAUGCAUCAGCUGAAGUCAGUGAGAUAGUCUUUUUCUUGCUUGGUGCAAUGACCAUCGUGGAGAUAGUAGAUGCUCAUCAAGGAUUCAAGCUGGUUACAGACAAUAUAACUACUCGGAAGCCACGUACUCUUCUCUGGGUGGUUGGUUUCGUGACAUUUUUCUUAAGUUCUAUCCUGGACAACUUGACAUCUACAAUUGUCAUGGUGUCCUUAUUGCGGAAGCUAGUUCCUGCUUCCGAGUACCGCAAGCUUCUUGGAGCUGUUGUGGUUAUAGCAGCAAAUGCUGGUGGUGCAUGGACUCCCAUAGGCGAUGUUACUACCACUAUGCUUUGGAUUCAUGGUCAGAUAUCCACAGUGCAGACAAUGAAGGACUUGGUUCUCCCCUCAGCAGUUUCUCUAGCCGUCCCACUGGCUCUUAUGUCCCUUACCAGUGAAGUUAAUGGGAAGGGACAGGAGUCUACCGAUGUUUUGGCAUCUGAACAGAUGGCUCCUCGAGGACAGCUUGUUUUCUCUGUGGGAAUAGGCGCACUGAUCUUUGUUCCAGUAUUUAAAGCUUUGACUGGUCUGCCUCCUUACAUGGGUAUGUUGCUCGGACUUGGAGUUCUUUGGAUUCUAACAGAUGCAAUCCAUUAUGGUGAAUCCGAGAGGCAAAGGUUGAAAGUACCGCAGGCUUUAUCUCGGAUUGACACUCAAGGAGCCCUUUUCUUCCUUGGAAUUCUUUUAUCUGUAAGCAGCCUGGAGGCUGCAGGACUUCUCAGGGAAUUGGCGAAUUACCUUGAUGCACAUAUUCCUAGCAUCGAACUGAUUGCUGGGUCAAUUGGGGUGGUUUCUGCAAUUAUAGACAAUGUUCCGCUGGUUGCUGCAACAAUGGGGAUGUAUGAUCUGACCUCGUUCCCGCGGGAUUCAGAGUUUUGGCAGCUAGUUGCCUAUUGUGCUGGCACUGGUGGGUCCAUGCUAGUUAUUGGCUCAGCGGCUGGUGUGGCAUUUAUGGGGAUGGAAAAGGUGGACUUCUUUUGGUACUUUCGAAAGGUGAGUGGUUUUGCUUUUGCGGGCUAUGCUGCUGGGAUUGCUGCCUAUUUAGCUGUUCAUAAUCUCAACAUCUCUCUUCCGACGACUCUGGCUCAUGUCCCGUUCCUUUCUGGUUCUUGAAACUAUUCCCUGAGCAUGGACUUGGUAUUUGGGAGAUGGAACAGAAGCCGUCUCUUUCAAGAUUAUGAGUACUUGCUCUGCUGUUGAUCUACUAUUGAGCUCAAGCGGCAUGUACCGUACCAAAUGGGGAUCGCAUUCUCCGAGAACAUAGGAUACAUCAGAAAGAGUUUAGAGUCUAUCGCAGUUCGCAGUGCAAAGGUUUUUUGUCUCUUUUUGUCUUGUCUCGAUGAAAGCCAUAAGGUUCCGCAUGAUGGAAGUUGCUGGAUGGAAAAACACUAUUAUUGUACUUAAGCAAAACAUACCGAAGCACAAAUUCCAGGAGUUGUCAUGUAUAUGGCAUCUCUGUUAUUACACAAA